CCUGAUUUCAUAAACCCGACAUCUCUUGCUGCACGCUCAUUUGUUUUAACGGUCAGCAAUAAACCAUUAUAUCAAGGCAAAGUGGUUUCUAUCACGCGCCUAGAGCCUGUUCAGCUCUGUCAAAAUGGCCUGAGUGCUAGUCAUCGAUCGCAAGGAUGAAAUAAGAGGGAGUUGAUGGCCAGGCUUCCACAAUCAUACAGCAUGGAAUAAUGCUGAAUUCAUCAGACGGACCGCGUUGUGUAUGACAUUGUUUCGAGUCCGUCUCUCUCAUACUUGUGCAGAGGAGCGUCCUCGACUGAGUAACAAUGUCGUCCGAGAAGCCUCGACGCAAGAAGCGACUACGGCGAGAGUCAACCAAUGAGCUACUUGUGGAAGAAGUGACGUCGGAUGACAUGGGCUACGACGGUGAUGUUGAGGUACUGCGACCAGACAAUUGCGAAGAGGUUGAAUCCGACUUGGAGGACAUCACUCCGCAGAAGCGGUUGGAGUGGCCUGAUCCGCAAGAAGAAUUGGCGCGCAGGUUGACCAGGUUGAAGUGCGACCCUCCUUCUCCCAACUCCUCCAAGUUAGACUCCAUGGAUCGAGGGACCAAGCGCGAGUCAACGGCGAUGGAUUACCAAGACGCUCGCCCUCGACCUGGAUCUCGAGUUCAACCGCAUGCCAUCAAACCAGAAUUGGAAGUAUCAGAGAUGUUGGAGGGACAGGUCGAACAGCCUCCUCACAAGCGGCGAAAGAAACGAACUAGCCAGCAGACCAUGGCACAUCGGCUGAUCCGUCGACAAGGUCGAGGCACGUGGUCAGAUACGACAGAUACGGAGCGAACGGAUGGAACAUUGAGAGAAUUGCUGGAGGGAAGCUCAUCUCGCGAUGGAACACCAGAGGCGACCACUACCACGACUGGACAGUCAGUCGAAGAUGAUGAUGCUAUGGAUAUUGGUUGAGCGACGUUAUGCAUGAGACUAUUAUACUUCCGCACUUUUGAUUCAAUCAGUAAAAACAUCUAACUGUUCCAUACUUGA